GAUAAUUUGACUGAAAGACAGGCUGACUGACAUGAAAUAAAAACAAAAAACAGUUUUCAAUAAUGUCUCUCGCAAAUUUUUUAUGAAAUUACUGCAUCGCAAGGUUCCCAAUUGCAUUUUUGGUUUGUUUCAGGUUUUGGGUUUCUGUUGGAUAGUGACUAUUUUUGACCAUUGAACGUGUUUAUAAUUAGUUAAUAUCGGUAUUAUUACCGGAGAUGUCUAGCACUAAUAAUUAGCUUAUUUUGAUGACUUGCCUCUACAGCAAAUGGAGAUCAAUACCCUUUUGCAGGUGGACACUUUCUUGCGUGGCGAAGAUCAGCAAUCAUUCCAUGGUCCUCUAACACAUACACAUCAAAUUAAAAGAAAAAAUGAAAAUCAAGAAAAAAUCACAGAUGAAAAAUCAGCAGACCCAAUCGCAAAGGCAGAAAAAGAUCAAGCCGAGAAUAUAGCGACAUUGCUGAUGAGGAAUUACGACUUGAAGCUGUCUGGCGAGGACGACACGUCGCAACCGACGUCGCGCGCGGCGCCCGUCAUACCGAUGGAGCCCACACGCAAGAAAAAGAAGAGAAAGAGAAGGAUGGUCGGGAUGAAACAUACACUUUAUAAUGCCAACUGCGCCCCGUGGCCCCGCCCCCCCGGGAAUCAGCUUCCCUUUGAAAUAAAAUCGCAAAUAUCGAUAUGCUUGACAAACUGCCGCUACGAGUCCAUCCGGAAGGUGGCGAGCGCGUUCGGCAUGCGCGAAGUGUCUGAGGAGGACGCGUGGAACUUCUAUUGGACCGACAUGAGCGUAUCCGUCGAACGCGCUAAAGAAAUGAAGAGGUUCCAGCGGAUUAAUCACUUUCCCGGCAUGUUGGAGAUCUGCAGGAAAGAUUUACUAGCUCGUAAUUUAAAUAGAAUGCAAAAGAUCUACCCAAAGGAAUACAACUUCUUUCCGAAAACGUGGUGUCUUCCAGCAGACUUCGGGGAAGCUUUAAACUAUAGUAAGUCACGGAAAAACAAAACUUUUAUAAUCAAGCCAGAAUGCGGGAGCCAAGGACGCGGCAUCUACCUCACAAAGUCACUCAAAGAUAUUAAACCCACGGACAAACUCAUUUGCCAGGUGUACUUAUCCAAGCCUUAUUUAGUAGACGGUUACAAAUUCGACAUCAGAGUCUACACACUCAUCACAUCGUGUGAUCCCCUUAGAAUUUUUGUCUACAACGAAGGUCUAGUUAGAUUUGCGACCAGUCGCUACGCAGAUCCCAACGUGAACAAUACGACCAAUGUAUUCAUGCACUUGACCAACUACGCGCUCAACAAACACAGUCGCACCUAUGUCUACGACUCCGAGGCAGGAAGUAAACGCAAGAUAUCGACGCUGAACAAGAUCCUGCUGUCGCAAGGCGUGGACCUGGACCGGCUGUGGCACGCUAUCGACCAGGUCAUCGUUAAGACCAUCAUCUCCGCGUGGCCCAUCCUCAAGCACAGCUACCACGCGUGCUUCCCCUCGCAUGACAUGGUACAUGCAUGUUUUGAAAUUCUCGGAUUUGAUAUACUUUUGGAUCAUAAGCUGCAUCCAUUUAUAUUAGAGGUAAAUCACUCGCCUAGUUUCCACACGGACACGCAGCUGGACCGCGAAGUGAAGGAAGGUUUGCUCACGGAUACGUUCACGAUGCUGAACAUCUGGCAGUGCGACAAGAAGCGCGUGCUGGACGAGGACCGAAAGCGGAUACGGGACCGGCUGCUGCAGACCAACAAAUUUUCUGAGUUUACUCCGAAUGAAGAAAAAGAGCCAGAAAAAAGUCCUUGGCAGAUGCAAAUACAGUGGGAGGAGACUCAUCUCGGCAACUUCAGACGCGUGUACCCGGUGGGCGAGCAAUACGCGUCGCUGUUCCAGCAGCCCUCGGGCUCCCUGUACACGGGCACCGCGUCCUCGCGCGCGCGCGGCGACUGCACUCGCUUGCAGCGUGAAGAGUUCCAGCAAACGAAAGCAAAAGCGGAAGCUCUUAAAAAGCCAUCGCAGCCAAAAGGCGUGAAGGAAGGCGAGAAGAAAGCGGCCGACGAAGCGAGUACAGUCGCGCCCUCAACCGUCGCCGGCACCGCCACCGCUACCACGAACACUAACACUGACAAAACUAAAGCUAAAAAAGAUAAAGAGCCCAAGAAAAAAGAAAAGGAUGAUAAAACAAAACUGAUUCAAAAACCGUCGCUAUUACAGCAAAUAUUGCCGGAAAAGGAAACUAAGCCGCCAUACGUGCUGUGCUCAUUCGAGCCGGACCCGAUCGUGGAGAAGGAGGAGCGCGAGCGAGUCAACUUGCUCGCUCAGCGCGACUUCCUCAUCCGCAGCUACGGCAUGCUGGAGCAGAUAUAUUUAGUGAUGAAAAAGAUGGGAACCCUGAGGCCGGAGGACGAGCGCAAGUAUGGAGUGUACGGGCGUUUGUCCGUCGUUUCCAACUCGCCCAAGACUGCCGUGAAAAAGAGUAAAACAAAUGUCAAGCAUAAACCCGAAGCUUGUGGAGACCACUUCGACGAGCUGGUAGUGCAGUGCCGCGACGCGGUGAUGUGCGCGCGGCCGGCGGAGCCCGAGCGCGCGCGGCGCUCCACGCGGGCUCACCUCGUGCGCAUGGCCUACACCGCGUGGAAGAUGAACUCAUUAAUAGUGUCAGUCCCUCCUCCUUCAAAGUAAGAAAACAUACAUUUUAUUGUAUUACUUUGACCGCAUUGCCGAGAUCACGAGACUUAUUGUCGACAUGCCUCACCCUGAUAUGGACGUAACAGCGCAGCCUAUCUUACUGCCGAUGUAAAGUGGAAUGUGGAAGAUAUGUUUUCAUAUCCUUUCCUAAUAUUAUGAUAGCUAUUGUUGGCAUAGUUUAACUUUGUAACGUUAGCUAACCCUUGCUUCUUUACAGCAAAUUCUGCUAGAGUGUAUAUUUUUGCCUUCUUGUUUUCCGUCAAAUUUAUCCCUGUACCUAAUAAAUAAUCAUAAUGUAUUUUACAA